CAAUAUAUUAUCAUGUCAUUAUUGUUUUACCGUUAUAUAUAAUCAAAUAUUUAAAUAAUAUAAAUAAAAUUUGAAGAUCUUUUUUAGAAAAUAAUAUAAGUAAAUACAUGUUGCUAUCACAGUAAUAAAAAGAUGUUGGCAAAAAGAAUGCAAUAUCACAGUGGAAAUUUUAAGAGCAUAAAUCUAAUCUACUAAUUUAGAGUCUAAUUUUCAUCCACUAUUGACAAGUCAUAGUGGAACCACAUAAUUAAUUUAUUAAUGUAAUAUAUUUAAUUAUUUAUAUUAAAUAUUAAUAAUCAGUAAAUUAUUAAUACUAAAUCAGUUUUAACAAUAAAUUUGAAUUUAUUUUUAGUUAUAAAAAAUUCUGUUGAAAAAAAUCUAACAAAAUCCUAACAAACAUUUUAAAUAUAUUUUAUAAAUACUGCAUUAAAUAAUUUCGUAAUUAAUGAUAUAAUAUUAUUAUAAUAAAUUUUAAUUAAAAUUUUGACUUAAAAAAUUAAGUUAUUUUAUAAUUUAUAAUUAUAAUUUAUAUUGUAUUAAAAUAAGUGUUCUAUGAACUAAAUAUGAAAAAUAUAUUAAAUUGGUAGAUUAACCUGCUUUUAAAAUGAUUUCCUUUAAAUAAAUAUAUAUGAAUUUAUCGUUCUUCGUUAAAACAUCUUAAAUUUUAUUUUUUUUAUGCAAAAACAAAAAUUACUAACAUCUGUUAAAUUUUUAUUUGCAACUAUAUAUUAUCUUUUUGUUUAUUUUGAAGCAAAAAGCAAUAUAUUAUCUAAAAUGAUUAUAUACAAAACAUAAUAGUACAUAACUAACAUUUAGUUCAUGUAUUAUUUACAAAAUAUGUUUCUAUUUUUUUUUGAGAUUUUAAUAAUUAACUAAAGAUAUUAAUGACAAAUAAAUUUUAAUUAUAAAUUUAAUAUUUAUUUUAAUUAUAACAAAAUCAGUUGGAAAAGAUAUAAAAAUAUGGAUAUUACUAAUAAAUCAAUUUUUAAAUAUAAUUUGAAUUUUAUUUUUAGUUAUAAAAAUAUAUGUUGAGAAAAAUUCUGACAGAAUCAGUCAAAAAAUUAAAUAUUUUUCUAUAAAAUAAUGAAUUAAUUUAUUAAGUAAUUAGAAAUAUAAUAUUAUUAUAAUUUAUGUUAAUUUAAAAGUAUAUUCUGUUUUAUAAAUUUUAUCAUUAUAGUCUAUAUUAUAUGAAAAUGGGCUAUAUGGAUUAAAUAUGAUAAAAUUAUAUUAAAUUGGUAGAUUAACCUAUUUUUAGAGUUGCACAAAACCCCAUUUUUAGAAAAUACUUUCAUUUAUAUAAAUUAUCAUUCAUCGUUAAAACGGGUUCCGUUCAUAAACUAUAUAAUAUUUUAUACAAAAUGAAAAUUAUUAACAUAUGUUAAAUUUUUAUAUCUACAACUAUAUAUUAUCUUUUUAAUUAUUUUAAAACUCACAUAAAUACAUGAUUAUAUGUAAAAUAUAAUACUAAAUAAAUAACUUUUAGUUCAUGUAUUAUAUACAAAAUAUGUUACUAGAAAAUAUGAAAUAUUAAUAAUUAAUUAAAGAUAUUAAUGACAAAUUAAAUUUCAUUAUAAAUUUAUAUUUAUUUUAAUUAUAAUAAAAUCUCAUGAAAACAAAUAUUUUAAAUAAUCUUACCAAAAAGUCAAAUAUAUUUUAUUAAAAUAAUGAAUUGAUUUAGUAACAAACAAAUUCAAAAGUCAUUCCCUAUAAUAUUUCAAAUUAAGAAAAUAGUUGUGUAAUAUUUCUUGACCAAGUAACAAAUUGAAAAAUAAAUAUUAAAAACUUAAAAUGAUAAUAUUCCAAAUUUUGUAAAAGAUAAAAUCAUAGAUGCUAAAAUAUUUGUUUUUUGAAAAGUAACAUGAAAAAACAAAUUAGGUUGUAAUAUAAUAUUUUGAAAUCAUAAUUUAAUAAUUAAGAAUCAUAAAACUUCAUACCAUAACAUCCAAAAGUAUCCUAUAUUGAUAAAAUAUACUAAAUUAAUAUGGCAAAUACUAGUAUGUAUACAUGCUAUUUACUAAAUUAAUGGAGUAGAUAUUAUUUAAGCAUAACGAUGUAUUUGUUUAUAAAAUUUUGCAAAAACCAAAAAUGAUAGAUGUUCAACUAUAGUUUCUUAAACACUAUAUAUAUAUAACACUAUAUAUAUAUAUAAAAUUAUAAUAACAAAUAUCCAUCUAUAGUAUAACUAAAUAAUAUUAAAAUAUAUUAUAUACAAACUAUAGAAAUUUAAAAGUUAUAUUAUAGGAGACUGUGUAUUUGAUUAUUCCAGAUUAUGAAUUUAUUGUGCUGAACUAAAAAAAUAUAUUAAUAAGUAAUAAAAAUUAAUAAUAAAGUAAAAUAUAUAAAACAAAUCAAUGUAUAAUAAUCAUUACGAAUAUUAUGCCUAAAAAAUAAGAUUAUAGAACUAUACAAUAUUUAUAACACUAACUGUAAAUCACAUAUUUAAAAAGUUUAUAUGAUAUCAAAAUUCUAGUAUAAUUUGAAGCACAUGAAUUCUCAAAACCAAAGCUUUGAACAACAUUGGGCUUAGCACUUUCAUUUUUUUUUUCUUUUUUAUUUGGACAAUCCCCAAGCAAAAUCAACAUUCAAAACGGUUAACCGCAUUUACCUUCUUGUUUUGUUUAUUAGGAUUACUAUUUAUAAACUAUCAUAUUUCAAUAAUUAAACGAGAGAGAGAGAGAGUAAUUAAAGGUUAUUGGAAUACUAGCUUUGACCUUGAGCUCUUUUUCUUCUUCUUGGACUUUUUGUCGCUCUGUUAUAAAACCUCCCCUCUCUUCCCCCUCAUAUACACAAGUCUCCCCUUUAAUAUUGUUCACACACAAACAUACACACAUUAAGCCAACGGAAGGAACAAAAGAAACACGAAAUGGUGUCCAUGAGGGCUUUUUGCUAUCUUCUAAUAUUUUUCAUCUUGCUAUUACAUGCUAAAGUCUCGCAUGCAAAGUUUAAUAGAGAAGUUCCACAAGCGGCAAAGAAUGGUGGGCUUGGAGCAAGCACUAGUACUCAGAUUACCAGCAAGGCUAUUGAAAAUGUAAUGGGAAACCGAAAGGCGUUGAAGCAUGGAAAUAUGAAGGGCGAGGCAAAUGAAAUGAACAGUUUAGCGAUAGAGAGUAAAGAAACGGUAAGGAAAAGAAAGAGCAAGAAGAGGCUCACCAAAACGGUGAGUUUAACGGCCGAUUACAGCGACCCUGGUCAUCAUCCUCCUAGGCACAAUUAACAGAACUACGUGUGUGUGUGUGUGUGUGUGUGUGUGUUUAACAUGAAACAUGAGCCUAUAUUUCCCAAUGAGGCUUCAAUUUUGGUGCAUCACUACUCGGCCUUUGAUAGUUUUUUUUUCUUUUACGUUUUACAUGUAUCUACUACUGAUCAUGGUAGGCGGCACGCCGACACAAGCUUUUCUCAGGUGGUACUUUUGUUAGCUUUUGUAUGUAUUCAGAAGAGACGUUUUUGGUUAUUAAUGUCACUAUACACAAUUACACAUGUUUAGUUAUUGGUUGUUAAGAAAAAUAAUUUUAUAAUUAUCUGAGUUCUUAACUGGAAAUCGCAAUUUUUCAAGCGGCUAGUUGAAACAUUCAAAUGAAUAUUUCAGUCCCUCUCUCGCCGACAAUGCUUAAACUAGGAGAGAAAAAUCAUAUUGAUAAUUGAAAAUUUUGUUUAUGUAAAUUAUCUCUUACCUGGAAGUUUUGAUUAACAUUCUCACUUAACUUAUACAAACUAUUGUUUUUAUAAAAAUGGCUUUAGAUAUUAAAUUCCGGUAGUUAGAUUUAGCUGAAGUACCUGUUUAACCAAACAACAUGGGAUAUACUGUAGUGAACUGAUUAAGAACAGAAAAAGCGGACAAUCUAUCUUGAAUUUAGAUUAGUACCGAAUCAUUUAUGAAAAUGAAGGCUAAUACAUAUAACAGUUGACCACACAUAUAACAGAGUAAUAAACCUAAUUAAAGGUUUCCUUUAGAAGUUUAAAGUAAGAUGAUAGUGAUAUGGAUCAAAGUCUGAUCUGAAUCAUGAACAAGGACUAAAGAAUGACCGGGCUAUAUGAAAUGGGCUUCUUGAAGAUGUCUGGCCAUAGUGGGAAUGUGGCCAUAUAACCAAACGUUCGGGCUUCGGCGAACACACGGUGAAGGAGAGAAUUCACUUACCAAGUUAUUUUAACAAAAAAAAAAGUUAUUGUAACUUUGUGUGCAAACACUUUAAUUAAAUAUUUACUAUAAGUGGAUAUUUGGUGGUUGGGUUGAACAAAAGAAUGGAAUAAAUUUUAUUGUGGACAUUGAAUAUUAUUCCUAUAAUCAUAGAUAAAAGAUUCAUGAAAAAGAAACUAAAGGAGGAUAGACGAGACUUGAGAGAAGCGUCUCACAUGUAUAAAAAUGAAGCAGGAAAACUCAAGUCAUGGCAGAACCAAAAAAAAUAAAGAGUUGAACGAAUCAAAGAUGAGUCUUCCUCUAACACCAACUAGAGAAGCAGAGGUGCAGUGGUUUUUACCAAACAGUCAAGUCGUCUCGGGGGACUAAUAAGAGUGGGUGGACCAUUAUACAUCAUAGUUUAGGUUUUAAUUUUGGUUUCCACCUUAUUCGGGUUGUGAUACCAAACUGAAUUUACAGUAGAAUUAGAGAGCGACCAUUCACCAUAUGUCACAUUGUCACUCUAAACCGCAAACUCGGCUUUGGCAAUAAACGGCGACUGGAAAAGAAAGAGCCAAUGAGCCAGUGCACGGGGCCCAGCGCAUGCUAGACGACAGUCAUUGUGGCACAUUAGUUAACGGCAAGGAAUGGGCACACAUGAGCGGCGCUUCUCUCCUCACGUGCCCUGACUUUUGUGUUUACCGGUUUCUAUGUCCCCUAAGUUAAGUUUAUAGACGUAUGCAAGUCAAUAACUUAGGUAAUACAUUAGAGAUAAACUAUUCCACCCGGGAAAAUUCAAGGAAUUAACCUAAGUAUAAAAGGUUAAGAUCAAUUGAUUAAUUACCAAUUAAUUUUAAGUUCCGAAUUUAAUAUAGUAUUAGAGUUUAGAUUCUAAAUACCAUACAUCCUUAAUUAAUAUAACUCUCGAGAGAUUUACGAGAAAAAAACUAUUUCACUAAAAAGUUAUGUUCAAGGUUGGUCUUAAGCACAACCAUUGUUGUUAAUUGGCAUUCCAAAUUCCAAAAAUAUUUAGUAUCCGUCUAUAUAUUAUAAAUUUUGCUUGUAACCCUAAUAUUUUAUAGAAAAU